AUGGAAGUAGAUACAUCAUCAAUUAAUUUAUCGACUAAUACGUUCAACACUCCCACAACCAACAACAAUACAUUAGAUAUUGAUCCAUCUACUUUUAAAUCAACUUUACCACCAAGAAAAAGAGCUAAAACUCAAGAAGAAAAAGAACAACGUAAAAUAGAAAGAAUAUUAAGAAAUAGAAGAGCUGCUCAUGCAUCAAGAGAAAAAAAAAGAAGACAUGUUGAAUUUUUAGAAAUUUAUGUUGUUAAAUUGGAAGAAAAUUUAAAAAAAUUACAAGAAGGAUAUCAUUCAAAAUUAGAAGGUAAUGAUGAAGAAAAAAUGGAACAAAUCAAAUUAUUGGGAUUAGAAGAUGUUUCUAAAUUAAAAGAAAAUAUUUAUAGUAAUUUGGUUAGUUCAAGAAGAAGAAAAAAUUCAAGUAAUAAUAAUUUAGAAGAUGAUGAUGAAGAAGAGGAAGAAGAAGAUGACAAUGUAGAUGAAGAACCAAUUAAAAAACAACAAGUUAAACAAGAAACUGUUGUAUCAGAACCACCAAGUAAAAAAAGAAAAAUGAAUAAUAGAAAAAAUUCUACUACAUCAUCCACACCUUCAUCAAUUGAUAUUAAAAUUGAAGAAUCAGAAGAUUUAAAAAUUAAACAAGAAGAAAGUUCAACUUUUUUUAAUUAUUUAUCUCCAAUUAGUAUUCAUUCACCUGAAUCAAAUGAUUUUACAUUAUCUAAUUUCCAACCAUCUAAACAUUUACAAGAAAUCCCACAACAACAACAAGAAGAAACAAUAAUACCUAUAGAUCAAAUUAUUAAAUCUCCUUUAUCACAAUCAUCAGAUUCAUUAUCAAAUUCACCAAGAUUUGAAGAAGAUGAAGAAAAUAAUAACUCAAGUUCAUCAUCAUCACCAAAAUCACAAUCAUUAAAUCGUAUGGAUUCUAAUUUAUCAAUUUUUGAAACGGGGCAAAAUUCAGCAGUAAUUUUGUCAUUUGAUUUACAAGGAAGUUUUUUUAAAAUUUUUAAUAUUGAAAAAUUUAAAAAAGAUAAAAUUGAUAGUUCUCUGCUUGUCAAGAAUAUCAAAAAAUUCACUAUACGAUUUGUUGCGAAAACUUGA